GUUAGGUGUUUCUCCGCGCGAUGCCUCCGCCCCAGCCAACGCCUCCUGCCCGGCCAGGGAGCCGGGUGCAGAGCGGGGGACGCGAUGGGAGACGCAGGGCCGGGCCUUCCCCAGCGGACUCCGCGGGGCUCCUUGCUCAGGGCUGGGGCGGGGAGGGAGGGGGGCAGCGAAGGCGGGAGAGGUCGGUCUACCCGGGCCGAGAGGGCCAUGGGGAGGGCCGGGGGAAGGGGCGUCGCUGCUCGCGUUAAGCUUCCACAGCCUGCAGCAGAGGCGGCGGGGCUGAGCCGCGGAGGAGAUGGGGUUUGCACCAGCGUCUGCAUUUCUCCUCGCAGCCCCGGCGCCACCGCCCCUCGCCGGGCUUCGGCGCCCGAUAGGCCGCGCAGGGUGAGCGCGGGCGCCGGCCGGCGGCACCUCGCCGAGGACUGGAGGCGAGGGCGCCGCGAGGUCGCGGAGGGGGGACUCCGCGAGCAGGGCGGCCCGCGCGUCCCCGGAUCGCAGCAACUCCGGCCGCCGCCGGGCCGCGGCCAGGACGGAGCUCCCCGCGCGCCCCCCGGGGGCCAGCAGCGGCCGGAGGGCGGCGCGGGGCUCGGCCCCUCCGCCCAGCAGCUCCGCGCACCCGGCGGCGGUGGCGGCGUGGUUUCGGGUGCCCGGGCAGCCUCCGGACCGAUGGCCGGCAGCGACGCGAACGAAGAGGGUCCCGUGCGGAGGGGCGGCGCGGCGAGGCGUCCGGGGGCCCCAGGAGGGCGGGGAAGCGAGGCUGCCGCCAGCUGCCCGGAGCCGCUGUCCACUGCUGAAGCGCCGGCCGAGGGCGCCGUGCUGCCGGCUUGGAUGCGCCUCUACUUCUACGGGAUGCACGGGGUCACCCUGGACGUGCUCCUGUCCGCGGCGCACCGCUUCGCUCGCCGCCCGGACCUCCGGAUGCUGGGCUUCUCCUCGCCCUACCGUUGCCUCCUGCACUCGCUCACCCACUUGGCCCUGGAGAAAGUCUACCUGCAGCAGCGGCGCUGCCCCAGCGCCUUCGUCUUCAAUUUCCUCCUCUACCCCUCGGCCCACGUGGGGUUGCAGACCCUGGCGGGCGCGCUGCUCCACCGGGUCGGCGGGCCGGGGGGCGCAGCGGCGCCGGGGGCGCUGGACUUGGCCCUGCAGUACGUGCUGGCGCUCUACCACUGCCAAGUGUUCCUGAAGCGCUUCCUGCACUUGCGGUACCAGCGGCGGCAACAGCUGCGGGGCGCGCCCCCCGCCCCUGCGGGUGCCCGGGCCCCAGUGACAGCCGGUGGUAGGCGGCGGCGACCUCGCGGUCCCAGGGGCGCUGGGGGAGCCCCCAACCAGGGGCUGCCGGAUCUGCUCCGCUUCCUUUUCUUCGGAAUGCACGGUUUUUUGGAUGAGAUCUUCUUCACAUUCUUCUUUAACCUGCUGGGGCCCGGGGACGGGACAAGCAGCGGCCACACGUCGCUCUGGUCCUUCUUUAUGUACGGCAGCUGCAGUUUUGUGGUGGAAAAGCUCUAUUUCCACCUCCACUACAGUCGGGGCUGGGGCACCUGGAAGCGAGUACCCUUCUACGUGAUCUUCAUCUACGCGUGGGAGUUGUCCUGGGGCCUGGGACUCCGCGCUUGGGGCGCCUGUUCCUGGGACUAUUCUCACUAUCCGCUCAAUUUCAUGGGCCUUAUCACGCUGAUGUAUUUACCUGGUUGGAUAUUCCUUAGUGUGUACCAGGACCUACUUUCCAAUGUGUUGUGGCGGGUGCAAUACGUACCAUCUAACUAAGACCAAAAAAAGGGGGCACUGGAUUCUCAUGAAUGAAGGCGAUUUAUUUUUACACAAUAAAACGGAGGGCUUUUUUUUUUUUUUUUAGCCUUUUAAUUUUUAUACCUUUUACUAAACUUUACCACCAACCUGUUUUAUUCGACAUUUUAGUUUUUCUAUUGGGAACGUAUGCAUAAUACGAUAAUACUUUGAAAUAUUGCUGGAAAUGUAACUCAGAGUACUUAACUCAUCAAUAUUUUAAAACCCUCACUAGUCCAAACAGCAAACCAUCAUACCUUAACAUCAGAAAGCUGUAGUAUUCACUUAUUUGCACUUAUUUGGCGUAGGUGGGUGAUAGUUACUAUUUUAUUUUAUUUUUUUAAGUAAGGAAGUUCUUCAACUCAGACGCCAGUGAUUUUUACAAGAUUAGGGGAAGUUUUCUGAUUUAAUGAUUUGUUUACUUUCCUUUUGGAAAAGACAAUGGCAACCCACUCCAGUACUCUUGUCUGGAGAAUCCCAUGGACGGAGAGCCUGGUAGGCUGCAGUCCAUGGGGUCGCUAAGAGUCGGACACGACUGAGCGACUUCACUAGCAAUUUCACUUACUUUCCUUUUAAUCCAAUGUCAUUUUAAUUUCCUGCCAUGUUUGCCAAUGACUGCUGAAAUCCAGUGUCUUGUACUUCUGAAACCACAAUUAAUAGCUUUUAAAGUGCCUCUGUAUAGCACACAAAUGAAAAGAAGCUGACAAAUUUGAAAACACACCCUAUGAAUCGAUUUUUAGAUAAGAAAUCUUUUUUAGCAACUCAGACAGGUAACACUGUGUUAAGAUAUUGAUCUCCUUCCUGGAAAUGAUUGCUUUCCAAUGUGGAUUAGCCUUAAACGCCAAAUGUGUUAACGUUAAUCAGAUCCUGUGUUAUCUUUGGCUGUAAAUUUUAGUCCUUAUGCAAUCAUGUAAAAUUUCUACCUUACAUGUGCAAGGGCCAUGCAAAAUUAUACUAUCCUUAAUAGUGUUCUAACCCUAAGGACUCUUUUCUAUUUGAAGUUUCAAGAGUAAAAGCAAUCCCAUGGAAUAAAAUGAACUAGAAUAUUCAUCCUAAUUGUAUUAGCCCGAAUUGUUUUCAGAGGAUACAGAUAUGUGUUUUCAGCCUAUUUCUGCCAUGGCUCACUUGUAAACAUUUUUCCGUUUCCUUUGGGUCCCCUACAGAGUUCUUGGUUUAAAGUCCAAUGUAGUUACGUGCAUUAUAAAUCAAUGAUAGCUCUUUGGUGACUUGUUCUUAAAGUUUGGAAGCUCCAAGUUAAAUAAGAUGAUGUGAACCAUUUGAGAAAUCAUAGCUAAUCAAUUAAUAAUGUACUUUAAAUUUGUUUACUGUGUUUUUAUUAUAUUUAGAAAAGACAAAUCGACUAUUGAGUAUAGCUCAUCCAAGGAUGACUAAUACCUUCUUAGUUUUUGUUAUAAAGAUAAUUAAGAAAGCUUGGAGUGUAUACAAAUUAAUAUAUAUUCCUAUUCAAGUUGUUAGCUUGCCUAUACUGUAAAAGGGCUUCCCAUGUGGCACUAGUGGUAAAUAACCUACCUGCCAGUGCAGGAGGCAAAAGAGAUGUGGGGUCAAUUCCUGGGUUGGGAAGAUCCCCUGGAGGAGGGCAUGGCAACCCACUCCAGUGUUCUUGCCUGGAAAAUCCCAUGAGCAGAGGAGCCUGGCAGGCUACAGUCCAUAGGUCACAAAGAGCUGGACAUGAUGAACAACUAACACUUUCACUUCACAGCAGAACUGUUGAGAGAUCAGCUCAAAGCUGCUUCUCCUCUCCUCUGUCACACUGAUUGUUUUAGCCAGUCAAAGCUUGAGUAGAAACUGUUGAAAGUAAUUAAAUGUUUGCAGAGAAUAAAAGUGUCACUUUGUGGAAAAGA